CUCCAUCGCUCGAACGGCAACGGCAAGAUCGCCUCAUGACGACCAAGUGGGAAGAGGUCGCGGACGAGACGGGCCGGAGCUACUACGUCAACCGGGUCACGGGCGAGACGCAGUGGGAGGCGCCGCUGCCGCACGAGCUGCUCGCGACCACCGACGACGACGUCCUUGUCGACGCGGCCUUGCUGGCGCGGGCGCUAGCCAUCCGCCAGCGACUGGUGGCGGCCGCGCCGCUGCAGGCGCCAACGCACUGGAUUCGCAUGUUUGACCCGACGCGACGCGAGGCGUACUACUUUGACUGCGUGCUUGGGCGACUGCAAUCGGCGGCGCCGGAGAUUGUCGUCGUCGACGAUGCGCUCGCGACGUGGUGGCUCACGCUGCAGUGCGCACUGCGAUCGGCGCUCGCCCGCCGGCGAGUGGCCUACAAGCGGCUGCAGCGGCUGUACCCGAUUCUGCCUCGCCCGUCAGCGCUGUUGUCUCUGGCUUUGGAGUCCGAGGGCCAUCGCGAGGCCGACGAGCGACGCGGGCUCUUGCACGCGGAGAAGGCGCAGUGCUCGCAGAGCGACCGGUUCUGGGGCCUCGAUCAACGCGUCGUCGAGAUUCGCCGACAGCUCUUGGAAGAGAGCAUGCUGCGUGAGGCCGAAGAGAUGCGUCGCAAGCUCAACGAAAAUGCGCGGCGACGUGAAGACAGCUUGCGCAAGGCGGCCGAGGAGCAGGAGCGGAAGCGCCGGUCGGAAGACAGCCUGAUUGAGACCCACGAGCGCCAAGGCAUGCAGCUUCAAGAACUACUGCAGUGCAAAGUGGACACGUUCUGGGGCGUCCAAAAGCAAGAAAACGACGAGCGAUGCUGUCAGGAACAAAUGCUGCUCGAAGAUGCCUUGUCCGCACGCUAUGCCCGCGACCUCUUGGAAGCCCAGUUGCACGCUCGAUGGGCGGUGGACGCGGCGCGGUCGCUGGAGCUCGAAAAACGACAGCGGCUCGGCGAAGAAAUCAAAUUUCAAAAACAGUACCUCAAGCUCUUUCGACGGGCCAAAACGUCGGAGGACGUGAUCCGGUACCGCUGGCCGACGCUGCAGGUCGUGGAGCUCGCGACCAAGCCCAAGGCGGGUGUCGCAGAGGACGCUGUGGCGUACAACCUCGAUGUGGUCCUCGACCCGGCGACCCCCAAGCACACCUUUCACUCGGCGAGCGGGAGUCACACGGUGGGGCGGAAAGGCAAGCUGGAAAUUUCGCACCCACCGCCUUACUUUCGCGUGGACCAGCCGAGCGCGCAUCCUAAAAAGCCGCUCAACCCGAACCAGCCCGCCUCGGCCAACGGCUUACCCUUUCGUGUACCAACGAAUGCCGGUGUCGACGCCGUCUUGAGUCGCCCCCUUGACAAGCGCUCAAGCGUUCUGCUUCCAUCCAUGGUGGCCGCACCGAGCAGCAACCAGCAGCCCGAGCCGACAGACGCGCCGCAAGCCGUCGACGAUGGCGCCGAUGUCGCGUCGAUCACAGAAGCGUUUGGUCCGGAAGAAGCGGUACUGCAACAAAUAUUCGAGCUCAUCGACACGGACCAUGGCGGCACGAUCGACAAGGAUGAAAUGAUGUGGGCGCUGACGCGAGACGCGGUGGUCCGCAAACGCGCCAUGACCUCGGUCGUGUUUCGCGACGUCCUCAAGAAACGCAACCUCGAAGCGCUCUUCGAGGAGAUGGACACGUCCAAGACGGGCGCGGUGCCAUGGCACGUGUUUCGCGCCUUCUGCGAGAAGAUUUUUUGGCGCUGAAGCUCGACGCGGCGCGCAAGCUGCGACUGCAAGGACCCGAGGUGUCGCUGACAAAAGAAGAACGGUUGCAAAAGAAGAACGACGAGUACAAGGCGCGCAAAGCCAUCUUGGAUCAGGAAGAAGCCAUUGCCAAGCUCGUCUUUGCACUCGUCGACACGGACCACAGCGGUACGAUCGACCAGAGGGAAAUGAUGCAAGCACUCGAACUUAACGAACAUGUGCGCGCGUUUGUCCAGCGAUCGCGCGGCCUCCAGCCGCUCUUGACCAACCCGACGUUUGCCAAAGCGUUCAUUGGCAUGGCCACGGACGUGGAGAAGGGCAUGGGCCUCGACGAAUUCAUGUGCUUCUGCACUGAAAUUGCCUCAGUCGCCAUGCUCAACGGAAUGGUGCCCUUGACCUAGACUGACCUUGAAAGAUUGAUAGAUUUGUACUAUUCAUUGUGUGAUUGGG